AUGAUUGAGAAUAAUGUCCCUGAAGUUGAAUACUAUCUAAGAAGUUUUCUUUUAUUCACAAAGCUGUUUGAAAAACUUGACUACAGUCCGCCUACCAAAGUUCGGCACCAUUCUUCCCUACAGACCCCAGAACAGCUGCAGGAAUUGUUCGCGUAUUUCUUUCAGUUUGGUGCUGCGGCCGAGCGUUAUGUCAACAAUGACACAUUCUUUGAAGAAUUAUGGAAAAAUGCCAAUUCUAUAAAAGGACGACAGUGGUUUCUUGGAGGCAAUGCUUUAUCUAUGGCUCAACGUUUGGUCCAAGAAGGAGCUGAAGUCCUUUUAGGAAUGUCCCAUUCUAAGAAACUGCGGGCUCUCCUCCCUCCAGAAGUUAAAGUUGCUGGCCCCAAUCUUGUAACUGACGAUAUACAUUUAAUCCUCGAAUACAACAAGGGAGAUAACUGGGGAAGUUUCACGUCACCCAGAGCUAAUAGAUUAAUUUUACAUAGUGACAACAGCAAUCCACAACUUGAGGCCCUGGAAAAUUUCCAAGAACAACUUGACUCUUUUCAGCCAUCUUUGCUUGUUUUAGGCGGUCUUCAGAUGAUGGAUAACUUCCCCUAUGAACCAGGUGAGAGAACUGGACGACUAAACAAAGUUCAAGAAAUGCUGUCAAGUCUUCCUCGAAAGACCAAGGUUCAUUUUGAAUUUGCAUCAUUCACGGAUAUGGACCUUCUUCAUGAAAUAAUGGCUAAAGUAAUUAUCUAUGCAGAUUCUAUCGGGCUCAACGAGCAGGAAUUACCAAACUUGGUCACUUUGUUGAAUGAUGGUAGUGUAACUGUUGUGUCAGACAGCUAUCCAAGAAUUGCAACAGUUCUAGAUCAGAUGCGUUUUGUCUACAGUCAUUUGCAGAAUAGCAGUGAGUUGGAAGGCAGACGUCGAUUGACUCGUCUACAUGUACACACUAUUGCCUUCCAGGCUAUCCUUACAGACAAAUCAUCCACUUGGAAGAACUCUAUGUCUGCCACAGCUAAAGCUGCACUGACUGCUCAUAGGCAUGUUUGUGGAUCAGCAGACAUAGAUACGUUAAAAGCUCGAAUAUUAAUGGAUGAUUCCUUUUCAACAAGUAAGCUCAAAUCAGCACAGCGAAUUCCUCUCCAGAAAAACCGUCCAGUUUCAUGCUGGGAUGAAGAUCGUUUCCAGAUCUGUAUAGCUCCAGUUCUUGUCUGUACUAAGGUUCAGCAGACUGCAGGGGGUGGAGACAACAUUUCCUCGGCAGGUCUUGUAUUACAGGUUUAA